AGGCGUUGCAUCUGCUUCUCUUUCACUCUGUAAGACCCCCUAAGCCAACUGGGUCAACUAUCGUACAGAUAUCUGGUUAUUUGGUGGUGCUAGUAUCCACCAUCAAUCAGUGAGCGACGCAGUCCUCAACGCGAUACUUGUUAAAUUGGCGAUCCCGAUUCCCGACCAGCAGUCAAUAGGUAUUAAUCACAUCAGCUAAGCAACAAUGGGACUAGGAGUGGUGCAAGAAUUCGUGGCCAACAACACCUGCGCCGUGGUUUACACGGCAGCUGGGACACUCGUUGCAUUCGCGUCAGGGACCGUGCUGGGUGUAAUCGGAUUUGGCCCCGAAGGUGUCAUAGGGGGCUCAUGGGCCGCCACCGUUCAAAGCUGGGUGGGGAAUGUCCCCAACGGGAGUGUGUUUUCCUGGUUGCAGAGCGCCAGCGCCGGAAAAGGAGCAGCUCGGACGGCUGCUGCGUUUGCAAAGGGCGUCGGUCUUGGUGGCAUUGUGGGAUGUUUUUUGGCAAAUGCGAGGAACUCGACUGGAAUUCCCUGAGCACGGGACGAAGCAUGAAUGGAGGAAGUUGAGUACAUGUGAAGUGGGGAGACUUCCAAGUGUUUUAGCCGGCGCUUAGAGUAGGCGUCAAU